UCCACCUUGACGCGCAGGUAGCACGGAUUUAGGUUAAAAACUUUGGUUUAAGUGUCGUUUCGCAAAGAGACUUCUCACAAAGGCAAAGAUGGAUUAAAAUAAGCCUGUAUCACCCUGAAGAGCAGUGCGUCUGCGGUGUGGGCAAGCUGUUCGACGAGCCAUGUCAGUGGGCAGUGCCGGUGGUGGUGUCCGGUCCUCUGGGUCAGGCAAUUCCAGGCAUGCCUUCAGCCACAGCAUCAGCCAGAGGUCAUCCUAUGAGGAGCGCUGCGUGGACCCAGUUGAAACUUUACCUUACUCUCAAGAGCCCAAGUCCACACAUAAGGCCGACCCGAGGGAUGCCAAUGGCAACAAGUGUGAAACCAUCGGCUUCAUCCCUGGUUCUGCUGAACCCACCUCCGUGUCACCAAGCUGCAACCCCUGCACCUCACCCAAACGCUGCCGCAGUGUCUUCUGCACAGUCCUGACUUGUGGCCUGUACCGUUUCUGCCAGAGCUCCACCCUCACUCCCUGCAUCGCGCCUAAUGAGAGUUCUCCAGAUGAGCCAGAAAAAAUAAGUCUCAGAAACACCAAGACAAAAGAUGUCGAAGAGGAUGGUAAGGACUGGCUAAAUGACGUGCACAUUGGUGGGAUCAGAAUAGAAAAGUCCAUUGAGUACCCGGAUGAGCCUCGACCCCUGUCCUCUUGUGUGUCCUCCACUGGAGCGGUCACUCACUUCAGCCACUCGUCUCUGCAUCAGUCCAUGGUAUUUGACGACUGGGAGGAGGAGGACGUAGAGAAUGUGGACUCUCUCAUCACAAAGAAGCUACUGGAGCUGUACUCGGAGUAUCAGAUUGAAGAGCUGGCUCGCUGCACCACGGACUCUGUGUUUCUGAGGAAGACCAAAGACAUCAACCAGCUCAUCAACUCCCUGGCUGAAGAGCACCAGAUGGACGAGCAGGAGGCAGAGUGCCGCCUGGUGAGGGGCAUCAUCCGCAUCAGCACCCGCAAGAGCAAAAAGAAGCCCCACAUCUCCAAGCGGGAGAGGACCCUGUCUGACAGUGGCCAUGAGACCAUGAAGGAGAGCGGAUCCACCUCAUUCAGCAACAACAAUGACUACAAAUCCAGCCUAAACAUUCAAAUAUCUGAUCUGACUUCAUCUGAUAAGUACGCCAGGGAGAUGUGGAGGAACAAUGAAGGUCAUUCGCCUGUUUCUCCAACCUCUUACUCACCGUCCACUACAGAGACCUCCUCAGGUGUCCCUCUCAUCCGCUCUGCUGUGAGGACAUGAGGACACUACUCUAGGACACCACACCUGGUCUCCAUGGUAACAUAAUGGAGAGAGGACAUUUAUCGUUGCUGUAGGAGGAAUGUGAAGUCUUGUAUUUAGAAGAAGUAUGUGGACAAACUCAGGGCCUAGUGUGUAGAAGUUUAUGUGUGGUGCAACUGUGUGGAUUUGAAGGAUUGAAUUUGAUGCUUCUUUUUGUGACCGUCCUCCUCUUUUACUGAAGGAACCAAAAACUACUUUUUAAGUUUUACUUUUAAGUCAAACAAUUAAACAAUUAAGUGCCUAUAGUGCUUUGUUUUAUACAGCUACACCUUUAAAAUAUGUUGUAUAUUUAUAAUUUAUUAUAUGUAUUUCCUUUUUAAAUUAAAUGCUUACGUAAUUUAAAUGUAAUGACUGGUAAGGUGGUCGAAUGCCAAGAGUGCAAUAGAGGUAUCACCAGACUCUUAAUGUUCAAUUGUAUGACCAUCAAAUUAUUUUAGAUAUGAAACACAAAUAAAAACAUUAAUUCAUUGUAUACAACAAACAUUUAUAGAUCUUGUCAUGCCGUAAUCAUGAACAAUUGAGGUCAGACAUAAGAGAGGAGCACUAGUUUGCUAUGGCAGACUGAAGUCAACGCCAAAAAGCACAUGCCCUGUUUUUUGCAUUUGCUGUGUGCUAAAUAAAAUCUGUAGAUAGUUUGUCUCAGAAAAUGUGAUUCUUCAGAAACUGCUGCAUUGUUGUGUGAAAAACAUAUACUUUGUUAAUCAAAUGUAAGGAUACUUGAUUGUAUGGAUGCCUUUUAUUGUCUUCUUUGAUUAGCGAGAAAUAGAGAUAUGGCUAGCUAGACUAUAAUAUUAUGCCUUCAGUUUGUUACCUAUGUUGAAGUUGAAAUGAAAAAUGUUUCUCAAUGCUGUUUAUUGUGUGCCUCACGUGGGAAUUUGUUCAGCUGACACAUGUUCUUAUUUUUCAUUAGCCGGUGUGUUCUUAUCAUUUAUGUAUAAACUGACUUUUAAACUAAAUUUUUAAUCGUUUAGUACUUUCUUAGGCUGGUAUAUGUGUGUUAAAAAUGCUGCUAAUGCUUGUAAUAAACCAUUAUGAAACUA